AUGGAAUUUAAUUUUUCAUUCUAUUUAUUCCUUUUUUCAGUAUUGCGUGCUUGCCAAAUUAUAGUUAGGUUAGCUAGUGAUACUACCUUUGAAGUAUGUUUGUUCAAUAUAUCUAAGGAAGUGUUUGGUUUAGUUGCUAAUAGGUUUAGAGCUUUGUUGAUAUUUGUUAAAGCAGAGUGCAACUUUGUUGAUUUUAAUAAGAUUGAGUGA